UCCUCCAGGUGCACUGGUGGCGGGCGCAGGCGGUGCGCUUCAUGCUGAGGUGGCCAUCAGCCCAUCUCUGCCACGUCAUCAACCAACAGAGACACACCGCCUACGGCAUGCACGUCGCCAAUCGAAUCGCUCGCUUCGCCGAAACCCAAUCAGAUUUGAUCGCUGCAAUCAAAGCCACCUCUCACAACAGCACCAGCAGAGCCGCCAGCACAAACAGUACCCCGGGCACCAACAGCAGGAACAGCAGCACCAGCGCCAGCACCGAGAGCAGCGAUGGCAGCCUGCCUGCGGAAGCGGCAGCAGUGGGUGGCAUGUCAUUUGCAUCGCCUGGCGUGCGCGCCGUACUGGCUCGCGCACCCUGGCCGUUCCACUCCCCGGCCCCCUCCCUUGCCCCGGACCGCCAGCAAGCAGCACUGGGAGAGGGGGUGCAGGGCGUGGGGAUGGGUGGUGAGGCUGUGGGGGAAUCGGGCAGUGGUGGUUGGAGGCGGUGCGAUGCGGAGGGAGGAAGCAGUGGCCGUGCUGCCGAGGCUGUCAGCAGGCUGGCUGGUGAGGUGGCCCAUGAGGCAUACAUGGUGCGACCGCUGGUGGCAGUGCAUGUGAGGGGCAGCGACAAGGAGGAGGAGAUGGGGCUGCUGGGGCUGCCCGUGUACAUGUACUUCGCCCACCAGCUCCGCCUGCUGCUGCCCGACCUCAGGCACGCGUGGAUCAACACCGAGUCCCAGGCUGUGAUUGACAGCCUCACCUCGUACCGCGAGUGGACGUUUCUCUACAGCAGCAACGCGCGGCAAGCAUCCUCUUCCAACAACACGAGGGAGUACGACGACAAGCAGUCCGUGGCGGCCAGCUUUGCCAGCCUUCUCAUAGCGUCGCAGGCUGACGUGUUCAUCGGCACUCUGGGCUCCAAUUGGAGCCGCCUGAUGAAUGAGCUGCGCUCCACCAAUGGCCGGCUCUUCAACACGUUCAUUGCACUCAAUGAUGGGGAGUGGUGA